AUGAGGUCCAUUCUGAUCAUAUCCCUCCUUGGCUGCUGCUUUGCAGCAUAUGAGGCCAGUAUCAUCCCCAAGUGUGAGCUGGCCCGCAAGCUGAAGGCAGCGGGAAUGGAUGGCUUCCACGGCUAUAGCCUAGAAAACUGGGUCUGCAUGGCUGAGCAUGAGAGUAACUUCAACACCAGGGCCUUCAAUGGGAAAAAUGCCAAUGGCAGCAGUGACUAUGGGAUCUUCCAGCUCAACAGCAAGUGGUGGUGCAAAAACAACUCCCAACCCUCAGCAAAUGGCUGCAACACAAUGUGCAGCAAGUUUCUGGAUGAUGACAUCAGUGAUGACAUUGCCUGUGCCAAGAGGGUUGUGAAAGAUCCUAAUGAGAUGUCUGCCUGGGUGGCCUGGGUAAAACACUGCAAAGGCAAGGAUUUGUCCAGAUACCUGGCCAGCUGUAAUCUGUGA